UUCAUUGAUCUUGAAAAUCUUACUUUUCUUGAUUUGGGAUCAAAUAAACUACAAAAUCUUGAGUCAGGUUGUUUCGAUAGUUUAUUGCAACUUGAGUUGCUCAAUGUCGGAGAAAACAGUCUGACAACAUUAUCCAGUGGUUUAUUAAAUAGUCUUAAAAAACUUGAGUCACUCUAUUUGGGUUCCAACAAACUGCACAAUCUUGAGUUAGGCUGUUUCGAUGGUUUAUCACGACUUAAGGAGCUGAGUAUCAAUAACAACAGUCUGACAUCAUUAUCCAAAGGUUUAUUUAUUGGUCUUGAAAAUCUCCAGAAACUAUAUUUAGGUUCAAACAAACUAGAAAGACUUGAGCUAGGUUGUUUCAAUGGUUUAUCGAAAAUUGAGGGACUUAAUCUCAACAACCACAGUUUGACAAAAUUAGCCAAAGGUGUAUUUAUUGGUCUUGAAAAUCUUCAGAAACUGUAUUUAGAUUCAAACAAACUAGAAAGACUUGAGUCAGGUUGUUUCGAUGGUUUAACAAAACUUGAGCAGCUUCAGAUCAGCAACAACAAUUUGACAACAUUAUCCAAAGAUAUAUUUAUUAGUCUUGAUAAUUUUAAAGCACUAGACCUGGAAUCAAACAAACUAGAAAAACUCGAAUCAGGUUGUUUCGAUGGUUUAUCACAUCUUGAGUAUCUCAGUGUCAAAAACAAUUGUCUGACAACAAUAUCCAGAGGUGUAUUUAAUGAUCUCGAAAAUCUCAGGAGACUAGAUUUAAAAUCAAACAAAUUGCAAAAAUUCGAGUCAGGUUGUUUUAAUGGUUUAUCGCAACUGCUGUCGCUCAGUGUCGACAACAACAGUCUGACAUCAUUAGCCACAGGUGUAUUAAAUGAUCUUAAAAAUCUUUUGGAACUAGAUUUAAAUUCAAACAAACUGCAAAAUUUUGAGUCAGGUUGCUUCAAUGGUUUAUCACGACUUAAGAAGCUUGAUAUUACAAACAACAGCCUGACAAUAUUAUCCAAAGGUAUAUUUAUUGGUCUUGGAAAACUUCAGAAUAUAUUUUUGUUUUCAAACAAACUAGAAACUUUUGAGUCAGGUUGUUUCGAUGGUUUAUCAAAAGUUAAGUGCCUCAAUUUUAGAAACCAAAGUUUGACAACAUUAUCCAAAGGUGUAUUCAUUGGGCUUAAAAAUCUUGAGACACUAAAUUUAAAUUCAAACAAACUACAAAUUCUUGAGUCAGGUUGUUUCGAUGGUUUAUCACAUCUCAAACGGCUCAGUAUUGAAGACAACAGUCUGACAAUAUUAUCCAAAGGUGUAUUUGAUGGUCUUAAAAAUCUUAAGGAAUUACAUUUAAAAUUCAACAAACUAGAAAAUCUCGUGUUGGGUUGCUUCGACAGUUUAUCAAAAGUUAAGCGACUUGAUAUCAGCAACAACAGCCUCACAACAUUAUCCAAAGGUGUAUUCGUUGGUCUUGGAAAUCUUAGGACACUAGAUUUAGAAUUAAACAAACUACAAAGUCUUGAGACAGGUUGUUUUGAUGGUUUAUCACAUCUUGAAUGGCUCGGUGUCGGAAACAAUAGCCUGACAACACUAUCUAAAGGUGUAUUUGAUGGUCUUAAAAAUCUUAACAUACUAGAUUUGGGAUCAAACAAACUACAAAAUCUCGAGUCAGGUUGUUUCGAUGGUUUAUCACAUCUUAACUGGGUCAGUGUCAGCGAAAAUAGUCUGACAACAUUAUCCAAAGAUGUAUUGAAUGAUCUUAAAAAUAUUAAGAUACUAGAUUUAGAAUCAAACAAACUACAAAAACUCGAGUCAGGUUGUUUCGAUGGUUUAUCACAACUUAAGUCCCUUAAUAUACAAAACAACAGUCUGACAACAUUAUCCGAAGAUAUAUUUAAUGAUCUUGAAAAUCUUGAGGAACUUAAUUUGAAUUCAAACAAUCUACACAAUCUUGAGUCAGGUUGCUUCAAUGGUUUAUCACGACUUGAGGAUCUUAAUAUCGGCAAAGGCAGUUUGACAACAUUAUCCAAAGGUGUAUUCAAUAGUCUUGAAAAUCUUGAGUCACUAUAUUUGGGUUCAAACAAACUACAAACUCUCGAGUCAGGUUGUUUCGAUGGUCUAACAAAACUUGAGAUGCUUCACAUCCCCAACAACAAUUUGACAACUUUAUCAGAAGAUAUAUUUAAUGGUCUACAAAAUUUACGUAUCAUAUUUUUAAAUUCAAAUGAACUGAGUUACUUUGAGCCAGGUAUUUUCGGUGAUUUAUUGAACCUUGAUAUGCUCGGUAUCAGCAAAAACAAUCUCACAACUUUAUCGAAAGAUAUUUUUAGCAAUUUAAAAAAUCUUCAUUUUCUUCAAUUAGAUUCCAACAAACUAAUAAAUCUUGAGGCAGGUUGUUUCAAUGGUUUAUCACAACUUACUUCGCUUGACAUGAGCAGCAACAAUCUGACAACUUUAUCGAAAGAUAUAUUUUGUAGUUUAAAAAAGCUUCUUUUUCUUCGUUUAAAUUCGAACGAAUUGUACAAUCUUGAGUCAGUUUGCUUUAAUGGCUUAUCAGAACUUAAGGAUCUUCAUAUCGGCAAUAACAGUCUGACAACAUUGUCCAACCGUGUAUUUAAUAGUCUUGAAAAUCUUGAGUCACUAUAUUUGAAUUCAAACAAACUACAAAAUCUCGGGUCAGGUUGUUUCGAUGGUUUAUCACAACUCCAGGAACUUUAUCUCAGCAGCAACAAACUGAAAACUUUAUCAAAAGAUAUUUUUAAUGGUUUAUCAAGUCUCCGUAUUCUGAAUUUAAAUUCGAAUGGACUACAAAACCUUGAGUUUGGUAUUUUCAAUGGUUUAUCACAACUCGAGGAACUUGAUAUCACUGAAAAUGAAUUGACCAAUUUAUCAAAGGAUAUAUUUAAUGGCCUCUCAGAAUCUUUAUCAUCUCGAUUACAAUCUGAAUUAACUAAAUUUAUGGAUACAAAUAUAUCAACAGCUUCAACUAUUAAAAGUCAUAAUAAAUACUUUUGUAAUCAAGAGUCACCUUAUUAUGAUAAAGAAAUUUGUGAGUUGCUGUGUAAUAAUGCUGAAAAACAUGGAAUAGACAUUAGUGAUAAAGAAUUAAAUAUUCUUCCAAGAGAUUUAUUCCAUGGUCUCGAGAAUCUUCAAGUUAAAAAAUUAAAAAUAAGUGGUAACGAGCUGACGACACUACCAAAAGAUAUCUUCAAACCACUUGAUGAUCUUCGUAAGUUAAAAAUAAAUUCCAACGAAUUAAAUUAUCUAGAUUCAAGUAUUUUCUAUGAUUUAUUACAACUCAAAAAACUUGAUCUCAGUGAAAACAAACUGACAGCAUUAUCAAAAGAUAUAUUUAAUGGUCUACAAGAUCUAUGUGUUUUACGUUUGAAUUCAAAUCAACUGAGUUACCUUGAGCCAGGUAUUUUUGAUGAUUUAUUAAGCCUAAAUAGUCUUUAUAUCAGCAAAAACAAUCUCACAGUUUUAUCAAAAGAUAUAUUUAGUAGUUUAAAAGGGCUUGAAAGUCUUGAUUUAAGCUUGAACAAACUACAAAAACUCGAGUCAGGUUGUUUCGAUAGCUUAUCACAACUUGACUCACUUAAUAUUGCAAACAACGCUCUGACAACAUUACCCAAUGGUGUAUUUAAUAAUCUUAAAAAUCUUUUGGAACUAGAUCUAAAUUCAAACAAACUGCAUAAUCUUGAGUCAGGUUGGUUCAAUAGUUUAUCACAACUUGACUCACUUGAUAUCGAAAACAACGGUCUGUCAACAUUGUCCAAAGGUGUAUUUAUUAAUCUUGAAAGUCUUACGACACUAAUUUUAAACUCAAACAAUCUACAAAAUCUCGAGUCAGGUUGUUUUGAUGGUUUAUCACAACUCGACCUGCUCAGUGUCAAAAACAACAGUCUGACGACAUUAGCCGAAAGUGUAUUUGAUGGUCUUGAAAAUCUUCGGGAACUAAAUAUUAAUUCAAACAAUCUACAUAAUCUUCAGUUAAGAUGGUUUAAUGAUUUAUCACAACUUGAGGAGCUUAAUAUCAGCAACAACAGUUUGACAACAUUACCUGAAGGUGUAUUUAAUCGUCUUGAAAAUCUUGAGUCACUAUAUUUGGAUUCAAACAAACUCCAAAAUCUCAAGUCAGGUUGUUUUGAUGGUCUCAAAAAACUGGAGCUGCUCAGUAUCAAAGACAACAGUCUGACAUCAUUAUCCAAAGAUAUAUUUAUUAGUCUUGAAAAUCUUGAGACGCUAGAAUUGGAAUCAAACAAACUACAAAAUCUCGAGUCAGGUUGUUUCAAUGGUUUAUCAAAAAUUGAGCGACUUGAUAUCAGCAACCACACCCUGACAACAUUAUCCAAAGGUGUAUUUGAUGGUCUUAAAAGUCUUAAGGUACUAGAAUUGGAUUCAAACAAACUCCAAAAUCUUGAGCCAGGUUGUUUUGAUGGUCUAAAAAAACUUGAGGUGCUCAGUAUCAAAAAAAACAGUCUGACAUCAUUACCCAAAUAUAUAUUCAUUGAUCUUGAAAAUCUUACUUUUCUUGAUUUGGGAUCAAAUAAACUACAAAAUCUUGAGUCAGGUUGUUUCGAUAGUUUAUUGCAACUUGAGUUGCUCAAUGUCGGAGAAAACAGUCUGACAACAUUAUCCAGUGGUUUAUUAAAUAGUCUUAAAAAACUUGAGUCACUCUAUUUGGGUUCCAACAAACUGCACAAUCUUGAGUUAGGCUGUUUCGAUGGUUUAUCACGACUUAAGGAGCUGAGUAUCAAUAACAACAGCCUGACAUCAUUAUCCAAAGGUUUAUUUAUUUGUCUUGAAAAUCUCCAGAAACUAUAUUUAGGUUCAAACAAACUAGAAAGACUUGAGCUAGGUUGUUUCAAUGGUUUAUCGAAAAUUGAGGGACUUAAUCUCAACAACCACAGUUUGACAAAAUUAGCCAAAGGUGUAUUUAUUGGUCUUGAGAAUCUUCAGAAACUAUAUUUAGAUUCGAACAAACUAGAAACACUUGAGCCAGGUUGUUUCGAUGGUUUAACAAAACUUGAGCUGCUUCAGAUCAGCAACAACAAUUUGACAACAUUAUCCAAAGAUAUAUUUAUUGGUCUUAAAAAUUUUAAAACACUAGAUCUGGAAUCAAACAAACUACAAAAUCUCGAACCAGGUUGUUUCGAUGGUUUAUCACAUCUUGAGUAUCUCAGUUUCAAAAACAAUAGUCUGACAACAAUAUCCAGAGGUGUAUUCAAUGAUCUUAAAAAUCUCAGGAUACUAGAUUUAAAAUCAAACAAAUUACAAAAAUUCGAGUCAGGUUGUUUUAAUGGUUUAUCGCAACUGCUGUCGCUCAGUGUCGACAACAACAGUCUGACAUCAUUAGCCACAGGUGUAUUUAAUGAUCUUGAAAAUCUUUUAGAACUAGAUUUAAAUUCAAACAAACUGCAAAAUUUUGAGCCAGGUUGCUUUAAUGGUUUAUCACGACUUGAGACGCUUGAUAUUAGAAUCAACAGCCUGACAAUAUUACCCAAAGGUAUAUUUAUUGGUCUUGGAAAUCUUGAGAAACUAUUAUUGUAUUCAAACAAACUAGAAACUCUUGAGUCAGGUUGUUUCGAUGGUUUAUUAAAAGUUAAGUGGCUCGAUUUUAGCAACCAAAGUUUGACAGCAUUAUCCAAAGGUGUAUUCACUGGGCUCAAAAAUCUUGAGACACUAAAUUUAAAUUCAAACAAACUACAAAUUCUUGAGUCAGGUUGUUUCGAUGGUUUAUCACAUCUCGAAUGGGUCAGUGUUGAACACAACAGUCUGACAAUAUUAUCCAAAGGUGUAUUUGAUGGACUUGAAAAUAUUGAGAAAUUACAUUUAAAAUUCAACAAAUUACAAAAUCUUGAGUCGGGUUGUUUCGAUGGUUUAUCAAAAGUUGAGCGACUUGACAUCAGCAACAACAGCCUGACAACAUUAUCCAAAGGUGUAUUCGCUGGUCUUGAAAAUCUUAGGACACUAGAUUUAGAAUUAAACAAACUACAAAGUCUCGAGGCAGGUUGCUUUAAUGGUUUAUCACAUCUUGAAUGGCUUGGUGUCGGAAAUAACAGUCUGACAACAUUAUCCAAAGAUGUAUUUAGUGGUCUUAAAAAUCUUAAGAUACUAGAUUUAGGAUCAAACAAGCUACAAAUUCUCGAGUCAGGUUGUUUUAAUGGUUUAUCACAUCUUGAUUGGGUCAGUGUAAGAAACAAUAGUCUGACAACAUCAUCCAAAGGUGUAUUUAAUGAUCUUAAAAAUAUUAAGAUACUAGAUUUGGAAUCAAACAAACUACAAAAUCUCGAGUCAGGUUGUUUCGAUGGUUUAUCGGAACUUAAGUGUCUCAGUAUACAAGACAACAGUCUGACAACAUUAGCCAAAGAUAUAUUUAAUGGUCUUAAAACUCUUGAGGAACUAGAUUUGAAUUCAAACAAUCUACACAAUAUUGAGUCAGGUUGUUUCAAUGGUUUAGCACGACUUGAGAAGCUCAUUAUCAGCAAAAACAGUUUGACAACAUUAUCUAAAGGUGUAUUCAAUAGUCUUGAAAAUCUUGAGUCACUAUAUUUGGGUUCAAACAAACUACAAAAUCUCGAGUCAGGUUGUUUCGAUGGUCUAACAAAUCUUGAGACGAUUCACAUCAACAACAACAACUUGACAUCUUUAUCAAAAGAUAUAUUUAGUGGUCUACAAAAUCUAAGUGACCUAUUUUUAAAUUCAAAUGAGCUUAGUUAUUUUGAGCCAGGUAUUUUCGGUGAUUUAUUGAACCUUGAUGUUCUUGGUAUCAGCGAGAACAAUCUUACAACUUUAUCACGUGAUAUGUUUGGUGGUUUAAAAAAGCUUUAUCUUCUUCAAUUAAAUUCCAACAAACUAAUAAAUCUUGAGGCAGGUUGUUUCAACGGUUUAUCACAACUUACUUCACUUGACAUGAGCAGCAACAAUCUGACAACUUUAUCGAAAGAUAUAUUUUGUAAUUUAGAAAAGCUUUGUCGUCUUAAUUUACGUUCAAACAAACUGCACAAUCUUGAGUCAGUUUGCUUCAAUGGUUUAUCACGACUUGAAUCACUUAAUAUUGGCAAUAACAGUCUGACAACAUUGUCCAAUAGUGUAUUUAAUUGUCUUGAAAAUUUGGUAGUACUAUAUUUAGAUUCAAAUAAACUGCACAAUCUCGUAGCAGGUUGUUUUAAUGGUUUAUCACAACUUCAGGAACUUCAUCUUAGCAGCAACAAACUGAAAACUUUAUCAAAAGAUAUUUUUAAUGGUUUACCAAGUCUCCGUAUUCUAAAUUUAAAUUCGAAUGGACUACAAAACCUUGAGUCUGGUAUUUUUAAUGGUUUAUCACAACUUAAGAAACUCGAUAUCACUGAAAAUGAAUUGACCAAUUUAUCAAAGGAUGUAUUUCAUGGUCUCUCAGAAUCUUUAUCAUCUAGAUUACAAUCUGAAUUAACUAAAUAA